AAAAGCACAAGAUGUUGUCAUUUGCAUUUAGUUUUCAAUUAGUUUUCCGGCAGCGUGACGCAGCACGACAGGUAAGCCGACACCGGCCGCCAUAUUGGGAAGUCCCGGAAGUGAGGGAGGAGGGCAGGAGAGAGAGAGAGAGAGGGGGCGUCAGAUCGUCAACCGAUCGACUAAUGUUGCAUGUGGCUCUUUGAGCAUCUGGAAGAAAGAAAAAAAAAUCUCAUCCUCGUUGCCUUUUCUCAUGUUCGACCGCCCGGAGCAAGGGGCGGACUCGGCUCCACAGUACACCCGCAGAUAGCUCGCGUUCACUCGGCACCAGGAGCCAGCAAGCACCGCCAGACAGCCGGCGAAGAGACGCGGAACUAGCUGAACAUUUGUCAAAGAGGCCGGAAGAGAUUAACCGGCGACUGGAGUGCGAGUACCCGGGCGAGACGCGAGGAAUUGUACAGCCGGGAGGAAGAGCACAAGUCCAGCCAGAGUCCAACAACAAGAUGCCGCUGGCUCAGCUGGCCGAUCCCUGGCAGAAGAUGCCGCUGGGGGGAACCGCAGGAGAGGAUGCACACAACGACCUGGAGGACUCGGUGGGUGAGGACGACGCCGUGCCGCCCUGCGCUGAUGACGUUCCCAUCAAGGAGAUCAGCAUCACUCACCACGUGAAGGAGGGAUGCGAGAAGGCAGACCCUCGCCAAUUCGAGCUGCGCAAAGUCCUCGGACAAGGGUCCUUUGGGAAGGUGUUCCUGGUGAGGAAGAUCACGGGUCCCGACGCCGGACAACUCUACGCCAUGAAAGUCCUGAAAAAAGCUACCUUGAAAGUGCGUGACAGGGUCAGAACAAAGAUGGAACGUGACAUCCUGGUGGAGGUCAACCAUCCCUUUAUUGUCAAACUGCACUACGCGUUUCAGACGGAGGGCAAGCUCUACUUGAUCCUCGACUUCCUGAGAGGGGGUGACCUUUUCACACGCCUUUCCAAAGAGGUGAUGUUCACAGAAGAAGACGUGAAGUUCUACCUCGCAGAACUCGCUCUGGCUCUUGAUCACCUUCACGGCCUCGGCAUCAUUUACAGGGACCUGAAGCCUGAGAACAUCCUGCUGGAUGAGGAUGGACACAUCAAGUUGACAGACUUUGGCCUCAGCAAGGAGUCCAUCGACCACGAGAACAAGGCGUACUCCUUCUGUGGGACGGUGGAGUACAUGGCGCCGGAGGUGGUCAACCGGCGGGGACACACGCACAGCGCAGACUGGUGGUCGUACGGCGUCCUGAUGUUCGAGAUGCUGACGGGAACGCUGCCGUUUCAAGGCAAAGACCGUAAAGAGACGAUGACCAUGAUCCUCAAGGCCAAGCUGGGAAUGCCGCAGUUUUUAAGCUCCGAAGCCCAGAGUCUCCUCAGGAAUCUUUUUAAACGCAACCCCUCAAACAGAUUAGGAGCCGGCCCGGACGGCGUGGAGGAGAUCAAGAGGCAUCACUUCUUCAGCACCAUCGACUGGAAUAAACUCUUCCGCAGAGAGAUCCACCCGCCCUUUAAGCCUGCCGCGGGACGCCCCGACGACACGUUCUACUUCGACCCGGAGUUCACUGCAAAAACACCCCGAGAUUCUCCGGGGGUCCCGCCCAGCGCCAACGCCCAUCAGCUUUUCAGAGGAUUCAGUUUUGUGGCAAUAACAGAAGAGGAAACGACGCAACCCAUGCCCAAUGCCAUUGUUAAGCAGCUCCACAGAAGCACGUCGCAGUUUUCCGACACCUACGAAGUGAAAGAGGACAUCGGCGUGGGCUCGUACUCCAUCUGCAAGCGCUGCGUCCACAAGGGAACCGGCAUGGACUACGCCGUUAAGAUCAUCAACAAAGCCAAGCGAGACCCCACUGAGGAGGUGGAGAUCCUGCUGAGAUACGGCCAGCAUCCCAACAUCAUCACGCUCAAAGACGUCUACGACGACGGACGCUCCGUCUUCCUGGUGACGGAGCUGAUGAAAGGAGGAGAGCUCCUGGAUAAAAUUCUCCGUCAGAAGUUCUUCUCGGAGCGGGAAGCCAGCGCCGUUCUCUUCACCAUCACCAAGACGGUGGAGUACCUGCACGUGCAGGGGGUGGUCCACAGAGACCUGAAGCCCAGCAACAUCCUCUACGUGGACGAGAGCGGCAACGCCGAGUCCAUCAGGAUCUGCGACUUCGGCUUCGCCAAGCAGCUGAGAGCGGAGAACGGCUUACUCAUGACGCCGUGUUACACCGCCAACUUUGUCGCUCCGGAGGUUCUGAAGAAGCAGGGUUACGAUGCGGCCUGCGACAUCUGGAGUCUCGGUGUUCUUCUUUACACCAUGCUAACAGGCUUCACGCCGUUCGCCAACGGUCCUGAGGACACACCUGAGGAUAUUUUGGCUCGAAUCGGCAGCGGGAAGUUCUCACUCACGGGAGGAUACUGGAACUCUGUGUCUGCAGAGGCUAAGGACCUGGUGUCCAAGAUGCUGCACGUGGACCCCCACCAGCGGCUGACGGCGGGCCAGGUCCUCCGCCACCCGUGGGUGACCCACCGAGACCAGCUUCCGAAAUACACCCUCAACAGACAGGACGCCCCGCACCUCGUUAAGGGAGCGAUGGCCGCCACGUACUCGGCCCUCAACAGGAACGUCCCGCCGGUGCUGGAGCCGGUGGGCUGCUCCACUCUGGCCCAGCGAAGAGGUGUGAAGAAGAUCACUUCCACCGCUCUGUGACCUCAGCAACUUUUAACCACGCCCACUCCACCACUCCCCCGCCUCCCCCCCCACCUAAUACCAACUCUGACCUCGGUCCGGUCCGGAUGGACAGACUACUGAGAGAAUCUUGGAACCGCUAAUGCCAAAAAGGAGCACAGGGGCCCUCCUAACCGCCCUCCUGCACACCCACCGCCCCCACUUCUCCAACCACCCACCCACACCUUAUCGGACUCUUAUCGGGGCCUCGGCCGGGUUUUUGCUUUGGACAAUCAGGACAGGAAGUGAGCAUAAAGCGUGUACAUAAAACUGGGAAAUAAUGAUCAUAGAACACAAUAAUCCAACAUAAGCAUUUAAAGGAUGUUUUUAACGCCGUCGUCAUGGUUACGUGGACGCACAACUCCUCUCAAGACAUAGCAGGCGCACAAGAAGGGAAAGUCUCAUCUCAAAGGCAACGACUCGAGUUUUUUUUUAAGCUGUGACGCCGCCAAACUUUUCUCCUUUGCUGUUCUUGGCCAGCCGCCAUCUUCCGAUUGGACGUGGAAUUUGUCCUGUUUCCAUAUUUUAUUGACAGGUGUGACACGGUUGGAGGGUGGAGCUGAGAAAUGACGAUGCUGAAUGCAACCAUGAUGUCAUGCAUAUGCAAAUGAGAUAUUUCCCCAAUAUUAUUAAGCCCUUUAGCUUCUGGCCCUCCGUGUGAUUUAUGCAAGGACAAAUACAGUAGACUUUGAAGAACUAGACUAAAAAAGGUGCCACUUCGCUACCCUUCAGGUCCCGAAGUGAAAGACACAGGUAGAGGUCACCAAAUAAGACUUUAACUGCAAUUAUAAGGCUUCCAUAACGAUCUUUCCUUCCUCUUUGACGUUGCUACUGCUACAAAUAUAAAAACAUCUCAGGUUUUCAUUCGUCCAGCAGAAGACGACAUGACGAGCACAACCACGCAAGGCCGAGUGGGACCAAAGUGCCGUUCCGAAAACUCAUGAAUUGUGUUCUAGACUGCGGAUUCAUGAAAUUUCAUUAUUUGGUGUCAUUGGCGCCCCCUGUGGUGGCUGUUCGACAGUGCAAUUCUUACAAUGCCUGAACCGACGCACGUGCUCUCCCAGCCAGUAGGGAGCGGUGUUUCAAAUGCAGGUUGUCAUGAAUGUGUGAGACAGGAUGGGUCAUCUGUCGCCGUACAGUUCUGGGAACAAGGAAUGUAAAAAAAAAAAAGAAUAUUGUUUAUGUAAUUACAAAUGUCUUCUGUCAUCUUCCUCCUCUUCCUCGUUGAUGUGACCUGUCAGACGUGCUCAGCCCUGCUGCUGCAUCACCUCUUUUUUUUUUACCUGCAGGGAGACUUUCUAUGAAAAAAUAAAAAUAAUAAUAAGCUGA